AUGUUUUGUACUUGGUCUAUAUCUCAAGUUGUGCGAGUCGCGUGUGCCAGUUGCAGGACCUUGCUCCAAGAAUGGCUCCUCGCCAUCCUCUCAUAUGCUUUUGGGCCCCGCUCGCCUGCACCAGGCGACGUUGUACGACACGAAAACAAAAAAAGCGAGGUGCCCAGUUUAUUUGCUUCUUCCUCCCGACGCAUGGCGCGAAUUCAAAUCAACCACUCCCGUCCGCCUGGAUAG